AUGGCCAGACACAAAAUAGAUGAUAGUAUAAAUGCUAGGGCGUACCCCAAAAGCGACGCGAAUGCUUUGAAUGCGAAAGAUGCGAAUAAUGCUAGGGCGUUCCCCAAAAGCGACGUACAUGACAAGAACAAGCUUUCGCUACAACUACGCAUAGGAACGUGGAAUCUGGGAUCACUCACUGGUCGAUCACAAGAACUGGCAGAGACUCUCCAUCGGAGACGUGUCAAUAUUUGCUGCCUACAGGAGACCAAGUGGAAAGGUUCAAAAUCCAGAGACCUAGGACUGGGGUACAAACUUGUCUACUAUGGUACUAUGAACAACCAGAACGGCAUAGGCAUUGUCUUGGAUAAAGACCUGAAAAAUCGCAUAAUAAAUAUUGAUAGACGAACGGAUCGUCUUAUGUCGAUUAAACUUGCUUUAGAUAAUCAACCAAUUGUGAACAUAAUAUCAGCAUAUGCACCCCAAGCGGGCUGCUCUGAAAGUGAAAAGGAGUCGUUCUGGGAAGAUUUAGAUGAACUUACUCAAGAAAUACCC